ACUGGAUCCGGCGGCUCCUUUAAGAAUUAGGGAUCUGGGAGUGACGCGGCAAUGAAAUCCAGUUGAUCCCUCUCUCGCUUCGAGACGAAAAGUAUUUGUGCCACCGCAAAGUAGCUGGCGCUGGAGAUCCGUCGCAAUUUGUUCAGCGUUGAGCGUGAAUGUGGGAAAAGAAAUGACUCGCUUUCUUUGAUCCUGUUUUGAACAUCUGCUACUCUUGUAAGUUGGGAUAACUUUUCAGCCUAAUAGAGUGGAGUGCUAGGAGAGCUGAACAUGGACUGGGGCACUGAGCUUUGGGACCAAUGUGACAUCAUUGAUAAACACACACAAUCUGGGCUGGACCUGGUGGAGAAAUAUGUGAAGUUUGUAAAGGAGCGAACAGAAAUCGAACAGAAUUACGCCAAGCAGCUAAGGAAUUUAACCAAGAAAUACAGCCCUAAACGAGGCAGCAAAGAAGAGCAGGAAUGCAGGUUCUCCAAUCAUCAGGCCUUUCUGGACAUACUGAAUGAGAUGAACGACUAUGCGGGCCAGAGGGAGCUGAUCGCUGAGAACAUGAUGAUCAAUAUCUGCAUCGAGCUCACAAAGUACCUGCAGGAGCUCAAACAGGAGCGCAAGAUGCAUCUGUCAGAAGCCAAGAAAGCACAACAGUCUCUGGAGGGCACCUACAAGCAGCUUGACAAUAGUAAAAAGCGAUUUGAGAGGGAGUGGAGAGAAGCAGAGAAGGCUGCUCAAUGUGCAGAGAAAACAGAUCAGGACCUCAAUGCCACCAAAGCCGAUGUGGAAAAGGCCAAACAGCAGGCGCAUAUGCGAACGCACAUAGCAGAGGAGUGUAAAAACGACUACGCUUCACAACUUCAGAAGUACAACAAAGAACAGAAUCAGUUCUACUUCACGGACAUGCCUCUUGUUUUCAAUAGGCUGCAGGACAUGGAUGAACGGCGUAUCAAAAAGUUGGCGCAGGGUUACAUCCUGUUUGCAGACACGGAGCGUCACGUCAUGCCCAUCAUUGGGAAGUGUCUGGAGGGCAUGACCAGAGCUGGCACGAAUGUCAACGAGAGUAAUGACUCUGUGGUUCUUAUAGAGCAACACAAGUCUGGCUUCGAGAGACCAGGAGAUGUGGAGUUUGAGGAUUACAGUCAGGGCAUCAACCGGGCCUCCUCGGACAGCAGCCUGGGCACUCCUAAAGGUCCUCUAGAGUUGCUCGGCAAGAACAAGAAUAAAACAUUCCGGUUGUUCAAUAAGAAGAGCAAGCCUGUGGACACAGAGGGCUUCACCCAUCUUCCUCCUGAGCAGCGCAGGAAACGCUUGCAGCAGAAGAUCGAUGACAUCAGCAAGGAGCUGCAGAAGGAAAUGGAUCAGAGUGAGGCUUUGGGUAAAAUGAAAGAUGUCUAUGAAAAGAACCCUCAGAUGGGAGAUCCUGCCAGUUUGGCACCUCAGAUCACUCAGACGGCACAAAACAUGGAAAGACUGAGAGGAGAACUCAGCAAAUAUGAGUCCUGGCUCGCAGAAGCAGGGGGCCGAGGAGACUCGAUACGAUACUCGACACACUCUCUGAACAAUAACGGUGCUCAUAACCCCAGCAGUCCUGGAACUAUCUCAGAUGACACAGACUCUUCCCAGGCCAUCUACACUGAAUUUGAUGACGACUUUGAGGAAGAGGAACUCGCUGCACCUAUUGGUCAAUGCACAGCACUCUACAAUUUCCCAGGCUCCAGUGAGGGAACCAUCUCCAUGCAGGAAGGGGAGGUGCUGUCUGUAGUGGAGGAGGAUAAGGGAGACGGAUGGACACGAGUGCGCCGGAACAACGGGGACGAGGGCUAUAUCCCAACUUCUUACGCUACCAUCACUCUUAAUAAAUGACCUCAUCCCCUUUCCACCCGCUGCAGCAGUGAUGCACUAUACCAAACACUAUGAGUUGCUUCAGAUUACCACUCAUGUCCCAACAUGGCUUGCUGCUCCUCUCAGAGGGAUCAUUUAAGGGGGAAUCACUGCACAUUGGGCUAAUACACUCCUCCUCUAAGGAUGAAUGAGUAUCUCAGGGUGUGUAUUAUGUGAGUAAAUGAGGUAGAGAAGGUUGGAAUAAUUUUUCUCCUUAUUUUGCAUGAAAAACGAUGCAGCAGGGUGCCAUGUAUAAAUGCAGCUAUUGCUCAACAGACACAUCAGUUCCUGUGGUGACUCUUAUGGUGACUUUUGAUAGCAGUCUAUCAGCAGAGCUGAGAUAUUUUGUCUGACCAUGAUCCACUCAACGUGUCCUUCACUAAGAUCUUCCAUCUGCAACUUGAUGAUGUGAUUCUGCGUCUGGAGCGAAAAGCGUAACUCUCCGCUGGCAGAAAUCCAGCAGCGUUUUAACUUGAAGUAUUUGCUUUGAUGAUCCGAGUGGCCAAAACUUACGUUUUACAGCAGUAAGUGUUGCAUAUGCUUCCUUAAAUGUGCAGUAACAUGAAUACCACAUCUACGAGUCAAUAAGACCUAACAUUUUUGUCUAUAGAAAAUACUGAGCUCCCAAGUAAUAUUAAGUAACUCCCUCUUUCUUUAUUUUUUAAGACUGUUACACAAAUACACAAGUUGACAUACUCAGCAAUAUUAUGACAAUCAAAGUCUCAAUCUGAAGAAAAAG